GCGGCAUUAGAGCAACAAAUAGUUUCUCUGUGUCAGGUGACUACCACGGGACGGCCGUAAUAAUCCUCCCAUGUUCGAGCUGGCCAGAGCAUAUAAAGCACUGAUCGGCUUGAGAUCUGUGAAAAUGCAUGUGAUGUGUGGAAGGAAAGCAUUAUAGACCGAUACGCUCAGAACCGCAUGUAAUCCUUAAAAAAACAAUUAUUUGUGAUUAGUAACGUGCUGCGGCAGCUGAGGGAGACUCUGAGAAACUUGAAGCAGACUGUAUAAGAUCCUGCAGAUAUGAGGAGAUCGAUUGUGUUGGCUGUGAUUUACAGUCUGGGAUGGAUUUACCUGACCGAGGCUCAGUUUCCCCGAGUCUGCUGCACCGUGGAGGCCAUCGUGUCCAAAGAGUGCUGUCCCGCGUUGGGAUCGGAUCCGGAAAACGUGUGCGGGGUUCUGUCCGGCCGCGGAAACUGCAGCGAGGUCCGUGACUCCAAACCCUGGGGAGGACCGUACAGGUUAAGAAACGUGGACGACCGGGAGAGAUGGCCGACUAAGUUUUUCAAUCGGACCUGUCCGAUGCUUCGGUAUGUAAACUUUGCUGGUUAUAACUGUGGCGAGUGUAAGUUCGGCUGGACGGGGCCGAGCUGUGACCAGCGCAAAGCUCCCGUUGUGAGGAAGGACAUUCACUCUCUGAGCCCCGCUGAGCUGCAGGAGUUCCUGGACGUUCUGGAUCGGGCCAAAACCCCCACCGUCCACCCUGAAUACGUCAUCGCCACACAGCACUGGCUGGGCCUGCUGGGACCCAACGGCACCGAGCCGCAGUUCAGCAACAUCUCCAUCUACGACUUCUUCGUCUGGCAGCACUAUUACUCUGUCCGAGACACAUUACUAGGUGAAGGACGUCCUUUUAAAGCCAUUGACUUUUCCCACAAGGGCCCUGCGUUCAUCACCUGGCACAGAUACCAUCUGCUCAGUCUGGAGAGAGAGCUACAGAAACUCACAGGUCAUGAGCACUUCGCCGUCCCGUACUGGAACUUUGGCGACGGGGACGGAUGGAGAUGUGGGACGUGUGUCACAGACUCGCUGCUGGUAGGACGGGACCCCAGUGACCGAACCCGUAUCAGCCCUCGCUCCAGGUUUGCCUGCUGGGGGAGUGUCUGUCGAUGAGUAUAAAACAGUCUGGUGACCUUGUGUAACGGGAACCCCAGCGAGGGAUCUCUGCGCAGAGGAGUCAUGGAGAGCACUAAUGUGGACUUUUGGCCAACCAUGAACGACGUUAGAAGCUGCCUUAAACCUCCAGAGGACUUUGACAGUCCACCGUACUUCACCAACUCCAGCUUCAGCUUCAGGUGAUACAGAAACGCUCUAGAAGGAUACGGACCAGCCAAGACGGGUGAGCUGGACAGCUCUGUUUCCAAUCUGCACAACCUGGUGCACCUGUUCCUCAACGGGACCAGCGCUCUGUCCCACUCCGCCGCCAACGACCCAAUCUUUCUGGUGCUUCAUGCCUUCACCGAUGCCAUAUUUGAGGAAUGGAUGAGACGUUCCCGUGAAAACGCCAGCUUGCCGGAUGAGAUGGCCCCUAGCGGACACAACCGGCAUUAUAACAUGGUUCCCUUUUCCCACCUCGUGACCAAUGAUGAGAUCUACCUCACAUCUGAAAACAGCUUGGGCUUAUUCCUACGCCGUUGAACUUUGCAAGGUAACAAACAUGCUGUCAAGCAUAUAUUAUGGAAUAUUUACCCCCAAAAAAUGCAAAUUCUAUCAGUGCUUACUUACCCAUAA